GGGGCGGCCCCGGUGCGGGCGCGGCCCGAGCUGCCGCCGGGGUGCGGGCGGCGGCGGGAGCGUCCCCGGAGCUGCCCUGCGCCUCGGGCGCGCCCGUUCCGCCGCCCGCCUCCUGCCGCAGCCGCGGCCACCAAGCUGCGGCCCCGGCGGAGCGGGGAUCCCCGGAGGCCGCCGCCGGGUGCUCGGCGGGGGCGGGGGGCGAUGCUCGGCCGCGCUCGGCGCAGCAUCCCGCCGCCCGGUCGUCCCCGCCAGCCGCUCCGCGCGGGGCCGGGGCUGGGGGGGGCGCGGGGCGGCGAGCCCGCCGGUAGCUGCCCGCCGGUGCCGGCCUGUGGCCGGGGGCGCUCCUAGCAGCGGUACCCCGGCCCCUGCGCCCGCGGAGGAUGCUCCUGGGCGGCCCCCCGGCCCCCGCCCCCUGCCCCGCCCGCCGUCGCCUCCCGGCUCGCCCGCCGGCGGCCUGGCCCGGGCGCCGCGUCCCGGGCGGCGGCUCUCGGCCUCCGCAGGGCGGCAUGAUCCCCCGGCGGGGGUCCGGCGCUCGAGGGACGGCGAGAGAGGAGGAAGCCCCGGGGCCGCGCUGUGCCUGCGGCCUGGAGCUCUAGGCCGGCUCUCCGGCCGGGAUGCGAAGGUACCGGUGAGGCCGGUUCCGUUCCCAGGACACCCCGCGGGGCUUCUGGCGGCCCCCGGUCCCCUGUGGCCGUGGGCGCUGCCCCGAGCAGCCCUCCCGGGGGGCAGGGAAGAGUCGCCGUCAGCAUCCUCCGGGAGGCGAAAGGUGGAGCCCGGCCCGUUCCCGCAGAGCGUCCGUUCCUGCUUCCCCUGGGCCGGCCCUGUCCUGGCGCGGUGCCGCCGGCUGCCCCGGGGCUCCGGGGCUGGCUGCCCCUGCUUGCCACCCGGGGCAGCCAUGCCCUCCCCCAGCGACUCUAGUCGCUCGCUGACUGGCCGCACAUCUCGCAGCCUCACCCACCUCCAUGUCCAGCGGACCUGGCUGCAGAUCCUGCUGGUGCUGGGCUUCAUCCAAGUCAUCCUGGGCAUCUUGAUCGUCACCUUCAGCCUGGUGGCAGCCACCAUCACGCCCUCCACCAAGAUCCGGCACUCCUGCCCGUCCUGGGCUGGCUUCUCGCUGGCGCUGUCUGGGCUCGUUGGCAUCGUCUCCUGGAAGCGGCCGCUCACCCUGGUGAUCACCUUCUUCACGCUGCUGUCGGUGCUAGGCGUCAUGCUGAGCCUCGCUGGGUCCAUCCUGUCCUGCCAGAAUGCACAGCUGGUGAAGUCCCUGGAGGCCUGCGAGAGGGAGAGGGACUCGUGUGUCUGCUGCCAGGCCCAUUCAGAGCCCCCGCCCACAUCCUGCAGCCAGCAGAGUGAGAUGCUGACCAUGUUCCCCAACCCCAACUGCCGGAGCAUCCGUGUGGCGCUCAAGGACCUCCUCUUCAGCGUCUGUGGCUUGACCGUCUUCUCCACCAUCAUCUGCACACUCUCUGCUGUUGUGUGCUGCAUCCAGAUCUUCUUCCUCGACAUUGUCCAUGUGCUGGUCCCCCAGCGCUCGAGCUCUGUGAUGCUGGAAUGCACGUCCCCCCCCAACACUCUUCUGCAGAGCAUGAUGGACUUCGAGGAGUUUGUGCCCCCGGUGCCACCCCCCCCCUACUACCCGCCCGAGUACACCUGCAGCUCUGAGACCGAUGCACAGAGCAUCACCUACAAUGGCUCCAUGGACAGCCCCGUGCCCCUCUACCCAACCGACUUCCCCCCUUCCUACGAGACCGUGAUGGGGCUGCGGGGAGACAGCCAGGCCACCCUGUUUGACUCGCAGCUGAUGGACAGCUCGCACGCCUGCACCUGCGACCGCGUCCCCUCCAUCGUGCUCAGCGGAGAAGUGUCCAUGGACAGCGGGUCCCUGAUCAUGUCCGAGAUCAUGGACAUCCCUGGGGACAGCAGCCCCUCGGAGGACUCAUGUCUGUUGGAGCUACAGGGCUCCAUGCGCUCUGUCGACUACAUCCUCUUCCGCUCCAUCCAGCGCAGCCGUGCGGACUACUGCCUGAGUGUGGACUGCGUGCAGUGCAGCCACCAUGCGCGCAGCCCCACGCUGGGCUUGCAGGGGCCCUUCGAGGAGAUGCCCCAGCCCCGGGUGCGAGGGGAGCGCUCCUACUCCUGCUCCACAGCAGAGCCCAGCCACGACAGCAUCUUGGUGGGGGGGGCUGUCACCCACAGCUGCAAUCGCCUGGAGGGGCUGGCCCGCUGUGCUGGCCCCUGCUUCCCCGAGGUGCGGCUCAAGGAGAAGGGCUCACUGCAGGGGCGUGGGGGUGGCCGCUCUGCGGGGCCCGACACCGGGCGCCUCUGCCACCCACGGCGCAACAGCGAGACCUCCUGCCCCUCGUCCCCGGCCCCAGGGCUGAGCCAGCGCCCGCUCUUGAGGUCACACAGUGACCCUGGCAUCCUGACGGCCAGCCAUGCUGCAGAUUUCAGGGAAGUACUUUAUACCAAAGCACUGGAGGAUACCGUGUCCAACUCCUCUGCGGAUACAGGGCUGUGCUCAGAGGCCUGCCUGCUCCGCCAUUCGCACUGUGACUCCCCCCCACUGCUCCGGGCUGCCUCAACAGGGAAGAGCAAGCUGCUGCCCUCCAAGAAGGUGACGCAGCAGCUGUCGAAGACGACGACCCGCUCCCUGGGGGACCUCAAGGUCUGCCGGGGCACCCGUGGGCUGGUGGCCAGGUUCCUGCAGAGACCCAAGCGUAGCCCAGCAGCUGGUGUCGAGGUGCCCGGGCACAGCUCCCAGGGGCACAAGCAGGUUCCCUGGAGUGCCUGGCCAGGAGCGGAGCAGCCCCACGAAAGCAUCCACCUGCAGAGCUGCGGGGAUCUGAGCUCCACCUCGUCCCUGCGACGGCUCCUGUCCACCCGCCGGCUGGAGCGCAGCCACCCGCGGAGCCUCAGUGGGACCUGCAAGGAGAGCGUUCUCUGACGACGCACCCCCACCUGUGACACAGCCUCCGUGGGGACCCUCCUGGUGCAGAGAGGGAGGGUCCUGCUCUGGGCCAGGGCCCUCGGACAUUGCUUGGACAUUGCUGCUGCUGGAGGGGCUGGGUCCUGCACUGCUGCCCUGGGGCCUCUUCUGGGCCCCUUCCCCAGGUGGGGCCAGGACAAGGGGCUGGUCCCCUGGGGUAUCUGCUGGGGGGCUGAAACGGCCAUGCCUGUCCCCCCCCUACUCUGUCCCCUGUGCCAGCCGUGCCUGUGCCCUGGGAUGGCCGUGUCUGUCCCCUGCCCUGUCCCCUGUGCCGGCUGUGCCUCUACCCUGGGAUGGCUGUGCCUGUCCCCCACCCUGUCCCCCCCCUGCGCUGGCCAUGCCUGUCCCCUGUGCCAGCCGUGCCUGUCCUCUCUGCUGGCUGUGCCUGUCCCCUGCGCCAGCUGUGCCUGUGCCCUGUCCCGCCCCCCCACACCGGCCGUGCCCGGUCCCCUGUCCCUUGCCCUGACCGUGCCUGUCUCCCGCCCGGUCCCGCCACGGCCCGCGCCCGGCUGCGCCCGGGGACGCGUUGCGGGGCCGGUCCCGCGGCGCUCGCAGCCGCGCUGCCCCUCGCUAGAGACCGAAUAAAUGUGGUCGCCGCCCGCCCGGG